AUGGCCGAAUAUGAAGCAUGCAUAUAUGGGAUUGAAGCUUCUAUUGAUUUAAGAAUCAAUUAUCUUGAAGUGCAUAGGGAUUCUGCUCUGGUCAUCAUCCAAAUCAAUGGAGAUUGGGAGACUCAUCACCCAAAUUUGAUUCCAUACCGAGAGCACGUGAUGAAGUUGAUUCCAUACUUUGAGGAGAUCACGUUUGAUCAUAUUCCAAGAGAAGAGAAUCAUUUAGCAGCUACACUGGCCGCUCUGGCAUCCAUGUUCAAAGUCAAAUGGGCGAAAUUGGCCCCUUCCAUUAGCAUUAUGAGUUUGGAUGAGCCAGCCUUUUGCUACACUAAUGAUGAAGCGCGACAUGAUAAACCCUGGUUUUAUGAUAUCAAGAGAUACCUUGAGAAACACGAAUACCAGGAGGAUGCAUCUAUCCCUGAUAAGAAAACACUAAGAAAGUGGGCUGCCAGGUUUUUCUUAAAUGGUGAUGUGUUAUAUGAGAGGAAUCAUGAUUCUGUCUUGCUUAGAUGCGUGGAUAGACACGAGGCAGACAUAAUCAUUGAGGAGAUUCAUGAGGGUUCAUUUGGAACACACUCCAGUGGGCAUGCCAUGGCGAAAAAGAUUCUGAGAGCAGGUUAUUAUUGGAUGACCAUGGAAACCGACUGCCACAUUCAUGCCAGAUCAUGUCACAAAUGCCAAAUGUACGUUGAUAAAGUAGAUGUUCCUCCCAUGCCUUUCAAUGUUUUGACUUCUCCGUGGCCCUUUGCAAUGUGGGGUAUCGAUAUGAUCGGGUGCAUUGAUCCCACUGCUUCAAAUGGACACCGCUUCAUCUUAGUGGCUAUUGAUUACUUCACCAAGUGGGUGAAAGCUACUUCCUAUGCCAAUGUGACUAAACAGGUGGUUGCUCAUUUUAUCAAACAGAAUAUCAUUUGUUGUUAUGGAAUCCUUAAGAAGAUCAUGAUAGACAAUGAGUCCAAUCUCAACAACAAGAUGAUGAUAGAAUUGUGUAAGAGUUUCAAGAUUCAACAUCACAAUUCCUCUCCUUACCGCCCGAAGAUGAAUGGUGCAGUAGAGGCAGGCAAUAGGAACAUAAAGAAGAUAGUACAAAAGAUGAAUGUAACCUACAAGGACUGGAACGAAAUGCUACCUUUCACCUUACAUGGUUAUCGUACUUCGCAUUCAUUUGUCUUCUGCUUUUUCUGUGAAAAAACUCUUCCACUCCACACGAAGAAACCUUCUGUUCUUUCCAUGGCCACCUCUAACAAACCUUCAGCUGCUGAACUCACACGCCCCAUCAACAUUGAUGACAGGGAGUAUGUCCCUGAGCCUUCAUUGGUAGAAGAAAAGGAGAAAAUUUGGCGUUCUCAGGUAUUGAUUCCUUUCUCUCUGGCUAAUGAACCCUUAGCGUUUCUAGGUCCUCUCCCAGAAAACCGACACCCAGAGAUUAUCAAAAAUGGCUCUUCCCUUUUUCCCGCCAGUCACAUUUCUGAACCUAUGAUAUCUUCUCAACAACCCUUCUCCCUUCGAUACGUCGAUAGGAACUUCAGAACCGCUCCUCCCACGAAUUGUCCUAAGUUUUGUUCUUGGAUGGACCGGUUGGAAACGGAGAAAAUCGACCACUGGAAAAGGACAGGCAUCUAUACCCUCUUACAGAUUGCCCGUUGUGGCCCUCCCUAG